GUUGUUACUACCAUCAUUCGCUCUUCAGCUGCGCUCGACACUCGCGUUAAUCUUCGAACAACCCUCGUCCCUGUACAGUGUACAAAGCAAGAUACCAGAACAGUGCGGAGUUCGUUGUGCGGCCGGCGACUUGACGAAUGGAAACACACCCGACGAUGCACCGAGCUCUGACCAUCCAGGAGCUCGUCCGCUUGAUCGCUGGUGAAGUUUACGGCAAACAUGCGUUACGCGCGCUGGCGCUCACAUGUCGCGCAUUCCACGAACCCGCCUUGGAUGGCCUGUGGUUCUUUCCGGACGAUGGAUUGGUCAACCUUGUCAAGGUAUUGCCAACAGACCUAUGGGAAGUCGCGGGGAUGUCUGAGACUGGACAGGAGACACUGACGGUCAGGGAGCCUACGAGGCCGACCACGCAACUUGACUGGAAGCGCUUCGACUUCUACGCACAUCGAAUCCGAGAACUUCGUGUCAUUACAAAUCUCGACAAAUCGGAACUGCCUCGCACUCUCUCGGCGAACCUAUUCCGUUGGCUUGUCUCUGCGCGGCAUCCCCAUCGCCUGCUGCCUAACCUGCAAUCCCUGAUAUGGAAGGCGGAAGGAGAAUCCGGAUACGAUGACUCUGCGUACAUGCUUGUUGGACCACACCUCGUGAAACUGAACCUAGACUUCCGUGACUCCUGCGAAGUGUCCGACGAACAUCCUCCCACUGUAUUGCUUCGCUGUGCUCAGCGUUGCCCAGACAUACGUAACAUGUGUUUCGCUGCACCUCCACUGGCAGACGAAGAGCCUAUCCAGGGUGGGGUCUUCGCUCCGUUCAAGAUGCUGACGACACUCAAACUACGCUCGCCUCUGACACAUGAUGUUCUCGUCGACUUAUCCACUUUACCAAAUCUCGCCUACCUUCAAGUGGAUCUCACUUUUACGUCGGACAUCGAGGAUGAGAUCAUUCUUCCUGGCAGAGUGGCAGUGUCAUUUUCCUCUCCUAACCUGACUUUCCGCACACUGGUGUCCCUGGAUCUCAACAUGCCCGUGGAUGUCGCUAACACGGUGAUCUCCCCGUACCGCUUUCCUCAACUUCAAAAUUUACACCUGAAAGCGGACCGCGCCACCAACACGGAGACCCUCAGUGAGACUUUCGAGCUCAUUCGCGAACGCUGCGAUCAUACCGGGUUGAACGCCAUAAAGAUCGAUGGUGGCGAGCAUGCAGGAAGGGAUGAAAUGGGUGCGCAAGCCAUCACCGCAGCGUCGUUGACCCGCUUGUGCGUCUUCCGUCACCUGCGUGUGCUCGAGAUCUUCAUCGAGGCAUGCAUCGUCCUCGACGACAACGCAGUCAAGGAAAUGGCCAGGUCGUGGACCCAGCUAGAAGAGCUCUCCCUUGUGAGCAUGGCCAAGUACCCCUGGACUACCCCGACUGCGAUGACGCUGUCAGGCCUCGCACAUCUCGCUCGGUACUGCCCCUCGCUGUGGCGCUUAGAAAUCGAUGUGGACACGGACCCAGCCACUGUUCCCGAGCCCGUCAAGCCCGGUGGCGGCUUCCGUAAUCGAGUGUUGAAGCGGAUCCAAGUGCCCCGGUGCCCCGCACUUGGUAACUGUGCAAAGACAGGCGCUUUCCUGCAUGCGAUCUUCCCCAACCUCCGGUGGAUCACCGGUUCGAAAGGCUCACAAGCUCGAUCUUGGGGAUUAGUGCAGGAGGUUAUCAUUGGUAUUCGGGUCGCGUCUGAGUGGGAAAAGGGUGCUGGAUCGCAAGGGGAUUGAAGCUGACAUUGUCAUGUACGAGUCUUAAGAGUCGUGCAAGCUGCAGACUCUGUACUAGAACGAGCAUUUCUGGAUGAAGCUAUAACAAAUUCCUUGUUCUCGACUCACUCACGAUGACCUAGGUACUAGAGUGACUUCAUCUAUGAUAUGCCGUGGAGAAAUCCUGGCACAAUUGUGUUGUUCUAUGCGUCGAUGACGAGCAGGUCACAGGCAGCUGAUACCGUUUGCAACCAAGUCGAGGUGUACUGUCUACCCUU